AAGUGACAUUUUUAAAGUUUUGCUGAACUUACCAAGAUGAUGAUGGACCAGGCUCAUUUUGGAGAAUACCUUCUACGGCAGCAAAUGCUGCAUGCCGCAUCUUUAAGUGGCUUACAUCAUCGCGUCGGCGCUGACGCAAAGCCACCUGCGUGCGAAGCUCGUCUGUUGAACGGCGAUCUGUGGCGACGCUUCCACGACAUCGGCACUGAGAUGAUUAUCACUAAGGGGGGAAGACGUAUGUUUCCUUCACUGCGGGUAUCCCUCAGCGGCCUAGAUCCUCGCGAGGAGUACUGUGUGUUGCUGGAACUAUCAUUAGUGGGACGUCGGCGCUGGCGCUGGGCGGGCGGCGCAUGGGCAGCGGCUGGGGGUGCUGAACCCCAGUCUCCUCGCCGCCUCAUGCUGCACCCCGACUCCCCAGCUCCUGGACACCACUGGACAGCAAAUCCUGUGUCUUUCAGCAAGCUCAAGCUGACCAAUAAUACGAUGGAUGCACAAGGCCACAUGGUACUAACAUCCAUGCACAAGUACCGUCCGCGGGUCUUGGUCGUGCGUGCCCGCGAUGCCGCUGCAUUGGCCUGGGGCGCACCACACGCUUCGUUUUCCUUUCCUGAGACAGAAUUCAUUGCUGUUACUGCUUAUCAGAAUGACCGGAUCACGAAAUUAAAAAUCGAUAAUAAUCCGUUUGCAAAAGGUUUUCGCGCGUGCGGUCAGUCAAAAUGUAAAAGAAAGAAUGUUGAAACAGACACUAGUAGCACAGAAACACCGACCGAGUCUUCGGAUGCAAAACGACCAUGUUCCGACGCCGCUUCUUCAUGCUCAGAGGAAGGAAGCUUGCGCUCAUCAUCGCCACGAUCCCCACCGCUAGUUGAGUCACCGGCGCCGCUUGUUGCACCGCCAGAAGCUUUAAGCCCUCCUCCCACAUUCUACCCACCGGAAAUACCGUAUAUGCACCCCUUGAAUAUGCCAAUGCCUCUAGGAAUGUGGCCUGCAAGUACAAUUGCCGGUAGUUUUUUGGGAUCGUCUUGGAGCUCACUACCUCCCCCACCUCCUAGUAUGCCCUCACAACCAAAUCCAGCUCCGUGCCGACGGGUGAAAAGCUUUACUAUUAGAGCUCUGCUCGGAGAAGGCUGACAAAUUUUAUUCAUAAUAGCGUCGGGCAUUAUUCGCAAUACUUAUAUUGAUUUGUAAAUAUGUUUAGAUAGUUAUUAUUUUCACGUUACUUCCUACAGCUACCUCGAGAUUUUAUUACGAUAAGGGUCAAUAUAUUUUGUAUGUGAUAAAAGUGCCUUAGCGAACAUAAGUAGUAGGUAAGUAUAAGAGAUAUAAUGUUACAAUGUCGUCUAUCUUUUAAAUUUGAAAUAAAUUAUAUUAGUUUGUAUGCAUUCUUUUUAAGCUUCUUGUACAAAAUGUAAAUAUCAAAAAUAUUUUAAAUUGUAAAUUAGUAAACUUUAAAAAAAAA